UGCCCAUCUCCACCACACACAGUACUGCGAUGUUCUAGUCGUCCUUAUACAACUCAAUCUACUGCAUCGCUAUCACUCCCAUUCGACCCCGUCCACCGUUCGGAUCAUACGCCCAUCCUCCUAUGCACAUAUCUCGUUCCGGUCGUCCAAAAACGGCAAGCCUUUCCUAUGCCGUUACUGUAAAUCCGUUCUUUCCAUUCUUCCCCCAUUCACAACUCGGCAUCUACAACGAAAAGUGUUCUAGUACCCCCCCCUCCGGUUCCACCACACGUCGGACUCAUCUUUCAUUAUCCCACGAACCCAUCGGAAUAUACACAAGUAAUUUGCUUGCUUCUCAUAUAUACAUUAUAUCUCAUACACAAGUCCAGUGUCGAUCCAGCCAACAGUACUCCCCGGCCCCCAUGCUAUCUCUUUCCCUUUCUAUGCUAUUAUCUAGGGACCAGUAUCAAUUCCCCUAUGUACCAGACACAGUAUGUAAUAUUCCAACGAAAAAAAAAAGGCCUCAAAUCGAUCCAUUAUGCUGCCCACACCCACAUAACAUCCGGGACGACGCUGCCGAGUUCAGUUCCAGUUGGGGAUAUCGAUAAGUUCACCUAGGCAAAAAAAAAAAAAAGAUUUGAAAUUGAAAUUAAAGAGCAAGAAGAGUCAAGCUAUUAUGCACCUACUCGUGGGCCUGGGGGGUCUGAGGCGGCAGUGUGGCUGCAGGCCGACGGAGGCUGGAUGGAAGAAUCAUCUUAUCGUGAUCGAUCGAUCGACACGGUAGCUAGCUAGCUAGGCUACCACAAAAUGCAAAAACUGGUUAUAUAAUAGUUCCGCUUUGUGUGGAUGUGGAAUUAAACCCUGGUUUGAG